UAACAUCAAAAUUCUAAACCGCUCAGUGUCAAAAACGUUCUUCGUGUUUUUGUCUAAUAGUGUUUUUCACAAAAAUAAAGAUUUUUUACAAGUUUUUUAAUAAAUGUACAUCAAAUGGAAAACACUGUUUACACUAGGGAUCGCAUUUUGGUUCAUUUUAAGUUGGACGGAUGUUUUAUCCAGCCAAAAGUACCAAAAUGGAUUUGCCUGUAUUGAAACAAAACCACAAAACAUAAAAACUAAAAGCUAUUUUGGCUAUGCUUUAUCAUUAAUAUUUUGGAAUAUGCUGACUUUUAUUGGUUCAGGUAUAUUAUGCGCAUUUGCCAAAAGAGUUUGUACUAACGCAUGGAAAAUGUAUACUUAUCAUCAAAAUGAAGAGGCUUUAUUUGAAACAGUUCAGAAAACUUCCAAAUGUUCUAGAAGUAGUAGCAGCAGAAUUCCAGUUUUAGUAAGCAAUUCAAUCUGUCCAAUCAAACCUCAAGAUGAUGUAAAAGAAGAAAAACCAAUAGACACAUCGGAUCAAGCUAUAAACGAUCAAAGUACUCAAAUAAUCUCUCAAAUCAGCCAAAGAAAAUAUGACAUUCUACAAGUCAAAUGUGUCAAAUUGCGAGAGGAAAUAAUGCAGUUGCAAACGAACUCGAUGAAGGAACAGGCUCAGAUGCAAAAGAGAUUGGAUCUAAUAACAAAGGACAAGAGAGAACUUGCCAAACAAUUAACAAUGACGCAGAAAGAAAAUCGUGCUGCUAAGCAACAAUUGGAGGAGUUAUUGCAGGAAAAAUUUUUACUCCAUCAACGGCUUGAAAACGCUACUACAGAGUUCAAAAAUAAUACCAAAUCUAAGAAGGUUGCAUUGGCCAAACUGGAGGAGGUCACAUGUAAUGUUGAAAAUUUAAAGCGUCAAUUGGAACAAGUUUCUAGAGAUAAGGAAAUUUUAGAAAAUAAAUUAUCGAUUUUACAAAAGGAAUAUGAAAAACUACAAGAACGAGUUCUCCUUUAUCAAUCAGCAGCUGAAACAGAUGUAUAUCCACCUGAAAGAGACACGAAUCAAGAAUAUUUGAAGGAUAUGGACAAGGAAAAGCAAGAAAGCAACGAUAAUUCAUUAAUGCCAUCAUCACUUUCACAGACAGAAUUAGACAUGGAAAAAGUCCAAAUGAAAAUUAAUGCUUUGGAAGAGAAUUUGAAAAAUUACAAUCCGUAUACAACAAGAUUAAGUUUACCUCCAGGAAAGGAACAGGAUUCAAUUUGGGAAGCUUCAGCGACUUGGGAGUCUGUUCCUAAUAACAACGCAUCCGAUAUUUCUAUAUCCGGCGAUUCAAACAGAGACGACGGAUUUUCCCAAACUGAUGAGAACACCGAAACUGUUGACGACAGUUUAUCAGAAAAUGCUAAGGAAAGUUCCUACCAGGUUUCUCCAAACUUAGCACCAAAUAGCGUUUUGUCAAAUAUUCGAGGAGCGCACAGCUUCGGCUACCUCAGUUCAGACAAUGCCGGUGAUACAUCUGAUGAUAACGCUGAACCAAAAAGGAUUGUAAGCAAUUCGUUGGCAUUUCAAAAAUUUAUGAAAAACUUAUCACAACCCGAUACCCCUAGAUUAUAUUAUUCUAUGAACAAUUUAAUUGUAUAAAAAAUUGGCAAAUAAAUAUUUUAUUAAAUUUA